UCGAAAGAAAACUCAUCCUCUUAGCGGCGGUAAAAUCACAAAAAUUAGUUGAACAACAAACACCUAAGAGGCACAUCGGUGAUCAAUUUUUAUCAAAGUUAACUCAAAUAAAACAAUCCCGCCAACAUGGAUGAUCAAUUCAUUGAUGAAGAUCUUACCCCCGAGCAAAUCGCCGUUUUGCAAAAGGCUUUCAACAGUUUCGACAGCCAAAAGUGCGGCAGUAUCUCCACCGAUAUGGUUGCCGAUAUUUUGCGUUUGAUGGGUCAACCCUUCGACAAGAAGAUCUUGGAAGAACUCAUCGAAGAAGUCGAUGAAGACAAGUCUGGCCGUUUGGAAUUCGAAGAAUUCGUUCAAUUGGCUGCCAAAUUCAUUGUUGAAGAAGAUGCUGAAGCUAUGCAAAAGGAAUUGCGCGAAGCUUUCCGUUUGUACGACAAACAAGGCAACGGUUACAUCCCCACCUCCUGCUUGCGUGAAAUCUUGCGCGAAUUGGAUGACCAAUUGACCGAUGAGGAAUUGGACAUCAUGAUUGAAGAAAUCGAUUCUGAUGGUUCCGGUACCGUCGAUUUCGAUGAAUUCAUGGAAAUGAUGACUGGUGAAUAAAUUCUUUGAUUUUGUUUGCUAAGAACAACAACAACAACACCAACAUUCUCAUUAAAUAUAUAUACACACAACAAACACAAAAUCAACACAGAAACAUCACCAACAAAAACACAACAACAAUACACAUAGUCAAAUUUUAUUAAUUGUAUAAUGAUAACAACCCCAACAACAAAAACAUAAUGUAAUUAUAAAGAAAUAAAACAAAUUUGUAUUUUUUGCUUUUUUUUACUUGUAAAAA